UUGACAAAAACUAAAAAGAUUUCCACGAGUUUUAACCAAAAUACGCCUUUCUCUCACCAAAUACUUAACAAUAUGAGCGGAGGAGUAUACGGAGGGGAUGAAGUUGGCGCUCUUGUCAUUGAUGUYGGUGCACACACAAUUAGAGCAGGCUAUGCCGGCGAAGAUUGUCCUAAGUAUGACAUACCCACCCAUCUUGGUGUAUUUGGAGCAGAGGACAUYAAAAGUGAUGAAAUGGAGACUGACCAGCACACUGAAGACAAGAAUCCCAAAGGUCCAGAUAACAGAAAGUUUUAUAUUGAUACAAACAUGAUGACAGUACCAAGAGAGGGUGUAGAGAUACAGACACCCAUUAAAGAUGGCAUGAUUGAAGAUUGGGACUUGUUUGAAAAGUUCAUUGACUUUAUAUACAAGAAAGAGUUCAAGUCUGAUUCUUCACUACAUCCACUGUUGAUGUCAGAGGCAUCAUGGAACGUCCGAGCCAAACGCGAAAAACUGACAGAGGUUAUGUUUGAAACAUACAAUGUACCUGCAUUUUUUGUAUGUAAAAAUGCAGUCUUAACAGCAUUUGCUAAUGGAAGGUCAAACGGUUUGGUAAUAGAUUCAGGCGCAACUCAAACAAGUGCAGUCCCAGUGCAUGAUGGRUAUGUUCUACAGCAAGCCAUUGUCAAGUCUCCUUUGGCUGGGGAUUUUAUAACAGCACAGUGCAGACAGCUAYUGGAACAACACAACAUUGAAGUUGUUCCUCCUUAUAUGAUUGCAACAAAGGAAGCAGUCAAAGAAGGUGCCUCCCCUGUUUACACAAAAAAAGCUAAUUUACCACCAGUGACCAAGUCGUUUCAGAGAUACAUGGCGAAUGAGGUGAUCAGAGAUUUCCAGAAAAGUGUGUUACAAGUUUGCGAUGGAGUCUAUGAUGAAGGGAUUCUCAACAGCAUACCCUUAGUUUCGUAUGAGUUUCCCAAUGGUUAUAACAAUUCUUAUGGUUUAGAACGAUUUAGGAUAUGUGAAGGGUUGUUUGAUCCCUCUAAUGUGAAGGGCAUAGAAGGAAGCACAGCGAUGGGUGUGACUCAGGUUGUCACUACCAGUGUAGGGAUGACAGACAUCGACAUCCGAGCUGGUCUGUUUAAUAGUGUGAUAGUWACUGGUGGUAACACAUUACUGUCAGGGUUUGUAGAGAGACUUAAUAGAGAGCUUUUGUCUAAAACACCACCGAGUAUGAGACUGAAGCUGAUAUCCAAUGGUAAUUCGACUUUUGAAAAGCGUUGUAACUCGUGGAUAGGAGGAUCAAUCUUAGGAUCAUUGGGUUCAUUUCAGCAGAUGUGGAUAUCAAGAAAAGAGUACGACGAACAGGGAAAGGGAUGCGUAGAAAGAAAAUGUCCUUAAACGUUGUGCACGCGCGAGCUCCAUUGUAUUAUAGUCCCUCCUCGUCAUUCCGCUGUACGCUGUUACUGCAUGCAACUCUCGUCAGUACAUGUAUUUGUAACACCGCUGUACGAAGUGACUGUGACUCCGCUGUACAACGAGAUCGUGGUUUCUUUUUUUACUUGUAUCUCCGCUGUUCGAUAUGACUACAACCGCUCUUUAUUGUAGUUGAGGUUUCAUCUUUACUUGUGACUCCGCUUUGUUAUGAAAUUGCAGUUUCGUUUUUUUAACUUUAUAUAUAACUCCGCUGUGCAAUGAGAUUGAGUUUUCGGCCUUUGUCAUUGYUUGUGCGCUGUACAAAGCGAUUUUCGGAGACCUUGAAACAAAGUACAUAAAACGAAUUCGAUUAAGUAGGUAGGUUUCUUGAACCAAAUGGCGCUCAAACAAAUUAUUUAACUUUCCGCGUUCGUCGAAAACUUCCUCUCACAACUGUUAACCACAAAGCGCGGUCCAGCAAAACGAGCAGACCGAUGUACAAAACAUUUGUGGGAAUAUAGAAUAAUUUUGUAAUGAAUGUGUAAUGAACAUGUUAACUUAUAGUGUAGUCUCAAGUGUCGUUUCUKUUGAGUAAGGUAGAAAUACGAACUCAAAUCAGAUAUUAUAAAUAUACGCAGGCCCGUAGGGGCUUCCUUACAAA